AUGUAUUCCAUCGGUAACGCUGUAGCAGCAACUGCUGCUGCAUCCUCAUUCUAUCUUCUUAGUUAUGUCAUUUAUAACCUCUUUGUCCAUCCAUUGAAAUCAUUCCCAGGACCGAAACUAUGGGCAGCUUCUAGAAUUCCCAUGACUUACUACAGGGUCACGGGGAAACUUCCAAUGAAGAUAAAAGAACUCCAUGAUCAAUAUGGUGAUGCAGUUAGAGUUGCUCCCAACUUUCUAGAAUACAACUCGUCUGCAGCCUUCGAAGAUAUUUAUGGUUUUGUAAAAGGGCACCACAAGAAGAAUUUUGAGAAGAAUCUGGCUGAACGAGGAACUCCUCCAAAUCAACCACUCAAUAUAGUGACGUCUGGGGGAGAUUUUCAUCGAAGAUUACGUCGUGUCCAAACGCACGCCUUUUCCGACAAAGCCCUCACAUCUCAGGAGCCUCUCAUCCAAGAAUAUGCCCGAGAUUUCAUUUCUGGACUCAUCAAAUUCUCUUCUCUCACCUCGGAUAAUAGCAUUGAUCUUGGCAAAUGGUACAACUUUACCACCUUUGACUUAAUCGGCGAUCUCGCAUUUGGGGAAUCUUUCAAUUGUGUCGAAACCGGAAAAAUGCACCCAUGGAUCGAGCUUAUCUUCAAAAUUCUCAGCAUUGACCCCAUAAUGAAUGAGCUCAGACAUUACCCAUUUUUUGCUUAUAUUGUCGAUCUUUUCCUUCCACAAAAAAUGGUAAAUUCAUUCCUUGAGCAUAGAAAACUCUCGGGCGAGAAAGCGGAGCGAAGAAUGGAUAGUAAGCAAGAGAGACCGGAUUUCAUGAGCUAUAUUCUGAAGCACAAUGAUACGGAAAAAGGGAUGACUCGUGAUGAAAUCCGUGAAAAUGCAAACAUUUUGAUUAUCGCUGGGAGUGAAACGGUAUUACAUCCCCUCAUUCCUCGAUUUGUUUCAAACAGUACUGACACGAAUAAGACGGCUACUCUUCUUAACGGCGUAACAUACUAUCUUCUUCAAAACCCAACAGUCCUUCAAAAUUUGACUGUCGAAAUGAGAAGCACCUUCAAGACCCAAAAAGAUCUUACUCUCCACUCCCUCGCUGCAUGCAAAUACCUCGGCGCAGUUCUCGAAGAAGCUCUCCGCAUGUAUCCACCCGUCCCCACCAGUUUGCCUCGCAUAGUGCCUGAAGAAGGGGGUGUUAUCGCCGGAGAAUUUGUUCCUGCUGGAGCAACCGUCGGCGUUAGCUACUACGCUGCUCAUUAUUCUGCCAAAAAUUUUCACUUACCAGAGGAAUUCCAUCCCGAGCGCUGGCUCAGCGUCGAAGAUGUCGAAGAACUCAAAACUACAUAUCCAGAUAUGAAACUUAUCAAUCCUACAAUCUUUGAAAAUGAUGAUAAAAAGGCAAAGCAGCCUUUUAGUUUGGGUCCGGCGAAUUGUAUAGGUAAGAAUUUGGCAUAUGCGGAAAUAAGAACCUUGCUUGGAAAUGUUAUUUGGAGUUUCGAUUUGGAGGCAGGCGAGGGAUUCAACACUUGGUUGGAGAGGAAUAAAAUGUUUGUGGUUUGGGUGAAGCCAGAGUUGUGGGUUAAAUUGAAGAGGGUCAACGUUUAG